UACAGGAUAAGGCCUCACAAUGGAUUCAAGAGACCAUGAAGAAGGGAGAACAGCUGCCAUGGAAUAGCAGAACAGCAUGGACAGUGUUCUUACUCACACUUACACUUCUUUGGAUCAUGUCUUCUCCAAGAAAUAAGAACAGGCGCAAGGAGAAGAAGGAAGGAAACAUAAAAGUAGAAGAUCAAAUGAUAUUCAGCUUGUUCGAUCUUGCCAAGGCCUCUUAUGUGAAAGCGAAUGCCUUAGAAGUGAUGGAUAUUGUAGAUGUUCUUCAUGUUGAUCCAAACUAUUCAGUCUCUGAUGACAAGAUGACACUCUUUCUGUGUGCAUGCCUUGGAGGAAAUACAUGCCUUGUGAGCUAUCUGUUGAAAAGAGGAGCCGAUGUGAAGAGAAGGAAUGCACAUGGGGACACCUGCCUCCAUCUUGUGGUGUUUGCAACAUCGGGUUCACGACAUCCAACCAAACGCCUUGUUGAAAUUCUACUCAACAGUGGGGCAGAUGCGAAUGGGCAGAACACUAAAGGGGAUACCCCCUUACACAUUGCAGCCAUGACCAAUGAUCCAGAUAUGAUUCAGCUUCUAUUGCUCUAUGGAGCCAAUCCAUCAAUCAGCACCUAUGAUGGUAUCCUACCGAUUCAUAUUGCAGCAAAUGCAGGUUACAUGUCGGCUGCCAAACUUCUGAUGGUGAAACUGGAGAGCACUGCGGGAUGGAGAGAAGGGGAUACCCCUCCUAAAGUCACCAUUGGACUACUCAGUCCUGAGAAGGCCCACCUUGUCAUGUCUUCAAAGCCAAAGAGGAUGGCCUAUUCUACAUGAAUGAAUAGCAUUUCAAUAUCCUAGAGUCUGUCCUAUUGAGACACAUGGCCUUCUCUUGGAUUACGAGUACGGUCAGUGGUCACAUUGAGGAUGUUAUCUCUUCUUAAAGCCCACAGCAGGCACUACACAAUCUGACUGCUCAUCCUUUUUUUUUAAGAAAUUGCAUUAAUUAGCAUAAGAAAUUGAAUUUCAAAUGUUUGGAAUCUUUCUGAUGCAAGUUUUUUUUUUGGUAAUAUGAAAAAUAAUAUUCUGACCAUACACAAGGGUACCGCAUGCCUUUCAAUGGGCAAAAUCAGCCUGGAGUGAUGUCCUACCAAUAGUAGACCGAAUUUGAAGCUGAAAAUGUGUCAGGAAGUGCAACGUAAUUUUUAGUUCAAACUAUGCCGUUCAUGAGUGAUUGGGGCGGGGUUGCCUGUGGCUUCCCGCCUAAACAAAAUAUGCCAUCAUUAAUGUACAAAAAUGCAUGCCGGCAAACCUAUCUUUUAGUUCUCUCACCCCCACGUAGUUUGUGAACUGUUUGUGAGAGAUUCUUCACCCUGUCAAACUGAAAAUUAAAUCACCUGUCAGAUAUGUCAAAUUUAGUAAUUGAAAAAAUGAAGAUGUAAACAUUGGUUUAAAGUUACGGUAGUUCAUCAUUUUAUACUUGAAGCAUAAAAGAGAGUAAAAGAAUAGAAAGAGAAUAGGAUAAGACUGUAUGUACAAAAAGCAAGUUGUGUAAUCAGUUUUUACGUUGUUUUUCAUUUGUAAAUGUAUUUUGUGAAUAUACAAUUUAUAACUAUACAAUUUUAUUAUAAUAUGAGCUUGUUUGUUUCAAUAUGAAUCAAAGAAAAGGAAUGUUAAGUUAGUGUGACGUGUACAUGCUUACAUGAACUUUCAUGUUAUAUUUAUUAGAUAGUAUUUUAAAAGAGAAAAGAUAGUUAUUCAGAUUUGUAUUAUUUUGUGCAAAGGUAUAUCAUAUUUUAUUGUUAAA